AUGCUGGAUGAUCAAGUACCUAUGGAGGUUCAGUGUACAGAGGAGGGCCCAGCACCUGCGAUCAGAGCAGAGCCGGGAGACCAGCCACACCCUCUGUCCUCCUCCACAGUCUCCAAGGUGGGGCGCUGGUGCUCUGUGCGACGUGGCUGUGUGGUGCUGGGAGCCCUGGGACUGCUGGCUGGUGCAGGUGUCGGCUCAUGGCUCCUGGUACUGUAUCUGUGGCCAGCUGCCUCUCAGCCCAUUUCUGGGACCUUGCAGGAUGAGGAGAUGAUGUUGAACUGCUCAGUGGCCAGCAAUGAGGAAGUUCUGCUCCCUUCAAUUCCCAAAGCAGUGUCUUUCAGAAUAAAUAGUGGGGACUUCUUGCUGGAAGUGAAGGUGAGAGCACGUCCAGCCUGGCUCUUGGUCUGCCAUGAGGGCUGGAACCCUGCCCUGGGUAUGAGGAUCUGCCAGAGCCUUGGGCAUCUCAGACUCAUUCACCAUAAGGGAGUCAACCUGUCUGACACCAUGCUCAACAGCUCCCAGAAGUUUGCUCGGCUCUCUCCUAGUCUGGAGGGCCUUCUGAAGGAGGUGUGGCAGCUCAGGGACAACUGUACUUCUGGUCAAGUUGUUUCCCUCAAAUGCUCUGAGUGCGGCACAAGGCCUCUGGCUUCCCGGAUAGUUGGUGGGCAUGCUGUAGCUCUUGGGCGCUGGCCAUGGCAGGCCAGUGUGACCCUUGGCUCCCGACACACAUGUGGGGGUUCUGUACUGGCGCCCCACUGGGUGGUGACUGCUGCGCACUGCAUACACAGUUUCAGGUUGUUCCGCCUGUCCAGCUGGCGGGUUCAUGCAGGACUGGUCAGCCAUAGCACCAUUAAGCCACACCAGGGGGCUAUGGUGGAGAAAAUCAUCUCCCACCCCCUCUACAGUGCUCAAAGUCAUGACUAUGAUGUUGCCCUUCUGCGUCUUCGGAUACCACUCAACUUCUCAGACACUGUGGGCGCUGUGUGCUUGCCAGCUGAGGAACAGCAUUUUCCAAGUGGCUCGCAGUGCUGGGUGUCUGGCUGGGGCCACACCGACCCCAGCCAUACCUACAGCUCAGACACGCUGCAGGAUACAGUGGUGCCCCUGCUCAGCACCCAGCUCUGCAACAGCUCCUGCAUAUACAGUGGGGCCCUCACCCCUCGCAUGAUGUGUGCUGGCUACCUGGACGGGAGGGCUGACGCAUGCCAGGGGGACAGCGGAGGACCCUUAGUUUGCCCAGAUGGGGGCAAGUGGCACCUCGUGGGUGUGGUCAGCUGGGGACGUGGUUGUGCAGAGCCCAAUCACCCAGGUGUCUACGCCAAGGUGGCUGAGUUCCUGGACUGGAUCCAUGAAACUGUGCAAGUUCACUAGCUGGAGAAGAAGCAGCCUCCAUGGAUGGAUGCAGGAGUGAAUCUCCUACCACUGUACACAUGACCAUCACCACCCACAGGCCAGCAGCUGGGCCACCUGGCCUCUCCCCUCAGACCCUGAUUUCUAGUCCCUCUUUCUCAUCAAAGCAGCUCCAAGACAGGAGAGAGGCUGGAGUUGGAUUGGGAAUGAUGUGGGGAGCUGGGGGCUGAGGAGGUUACGGUGAGAGAUAGAAGAAGCUACUGGAAGCAGCUGGGGGCCUGUCCUUUUGCCCUGUCCUCUCUUCAGCUCCUGUUUGCAUAUUUGGGGAGGAUUCUCAGGGGUUCUCCUAGUCCUGCCUUCUCCCUGUGCCCUCAGGUGGGCUAAGUGCCUCCCUAGAGGAGUGCCUAGCUCAGGAGCUCCUGGGAAGAGAGGAUCAAAGCUGGAUAGCCCAGUUAUAAGCCCAUGGGAGUCAGGAUCCUCCCCCCUCCCCUGUUGUCUCACCUGUUCUUAUCUAGCUGUGGCAGGUCCUGCAUGGGGCAGAGACACUGUAAAACAAGGAGGUUGGAAUUGGAAAAUAGCGUAUGGUUUUAAAAUGAUAGUCUGUGAACUGGUUCAAAGAGUUAUGUUAUUAAAUUGAAGUUAUGUUUGGCCCUUGGUCUGGAUUUUCCCCAGCCCCCUGAUUUGUAAAUUAUGGGAUAGAAAUACAGUUUUGCUCUCAUAUAUUUUCUUUACUUCCUUCUUUCCUCCUCCUCUUCCUCUUCUUCCUCUUCCUCCUCCUUCUCCUUCUCCUUCUUUCUUUCUCCCGUUCCCCCUACCGCCCACCCUCUCUCUUUGUACUGGGUUGUAUCCAGGGGCACUUUACCAUGGAGCUACAUUCCCAGUCCUUUUUAUUUUAAAUUUUGAGACAGGGUUUCACUAAGUUGUCCAGGCUGGCCUUGAACUUGUACCUCCUGUCUUAGCCUCCUGAGUCACUGAUAUUACAAAUGCGUGCCA